CAAUGAACGACCUCCUAUACGCGACGCGGCACGGACGCGUUUAUUCGCAGCGGAUGGGUUUGACUCCGUGUUUAAUGCGGUUUGGUGAAGAUGCCUCAUUAUUUCAGCAGUCUCAGAAGUGAAACAUUGUCUGCAAGUCUUGUUUGGAGAAACUGAAAAAGAAGUUCGACGACACUGAGAACAAAGAAUUAAAAAAACGAAUGUGUGUGAGAUAAAAGUUCUCUAAAGCAAAAGAUAUUUGCAUUUUUGCAUCCAUGGAUCCAGGUUACUUAAACUAUAUCCAGUGAUGUUGGUCUGCUAAACUAAAACACAUUUUAGUUUUCCUGCAAGCAACGCUGUGAAAAGCCAGUGGAAAUGUCACAUGCAUCUAAGACCCCAGAAAGCCUUGUCACGUCGCAGGUCGAUCACCUCUCCAGUCUGAAGGCUUUGACUGAGAAGCUGAAGCUGGAGACCAGAAAGCCGUCUUACCUGGACUGGAGAGCGCAGCUGGAGGCGAUGCUUGUCCAGAGCCACAGAGACUCAGAGCCGCCAGCGGCCGCCGCUGACACAGAGAAACAGACAACAUCAGGUCCUGUUAGUGUGCUCCAUGAAGGGAGGCAGGCGUUACGAAACACACUAGGAUUUGGAAGUAUAGACCAAGCACUGGAGUGGCUCAGGAACGAGCUGGCAGAGAUGCGUUUGCAGGACCAGCAGCUCGCACAUCAGCUAAUGCACCUGCGCACUGACAUCAACAGCCUGAGAAUCGUGCAGACAUGCCACCAGCACCGCAAGAUGCUGAACGAUGCCACGUUUGAGCUGGAGGAGCGGGACGAUAUGUCUGACCUGUGUGACGUCCCCAUGUCUCCUGGAUUAGGUCUCUCAGAGUCACUCAAGGUCAUCGGGGUCACCAAGAUGAACAUCAACUCUCGCCGGUUCUCCCUGUGCUAACACAGCACACAGAUUUAUCUUACAUGAAUGAUUGUGAGUGCUUUUAUAGAUGAUCAAAUAUUAUAGGAUAAAGGUAUUUUUAAAACGUCUCUGAUGUUGUGCUUUCAUUGCAUUAAAUUCAACAUAAAAGCUUUGAGUUCAUCUUAACAAUCAUCUGUACAGUGUAGUUUGUGUUUGAUAUGACAUACUUCUAUAAUUUUGGGGGAAAGUUACAAUUUUAAAUGUUCAAAAUACCUUUGUCAUUUAUUUCUUUAAUUUUACUUGUAUUAUCUGAAUCCUUACCUAAUGGGCCUCUUAUCAGAUGUUUUUAUUUCCAUCUGUGUCUUUUAUUUCAUUAGAGCUGAAUAUUUGUUUCAUACAUCUGAACUUGAGUCAAUAAAACAACAACAAACAAUAAA